CUGCCCACGGCACACACAGGGCUGGGGCUGUUCUGGCCUUACCCUGACCCUUCCUGCAAAGGCUUUCCUCCUUCCUCUGUGAAAGCGAGCCCGGGGUUGGCAUAAGUGCUACUUUCCCAUGGGCUCUCAUCUGCUCCCCCAGCACUUAGACAUUGAGUGUUGAUAACCUACAGACGAAAGAAGUCAACUCGGGUCCUCUGCUGCAGCAGAAGCACCGGCAGCCACCGCCUCCAGACCUGCUUGAUCGACAGCAAAGGGCUGGUAGCUGCGGAUGCUGGGCCAGCUUGUACCAUUUAGGGAGCACAAUAUUGAAUUCAUUGUGGGUGGUGCCGCCCAGGCCUGGUCAUCCUGAGUUCCAUAAGAAAGGAAGCUAAGCAAGACCUGAAAAGCAAACCAAGUUAAGAAGCCAGAAGUGGGGAAGCCAUGGGCCGAGCACGCAGGCCUCCACCUGCACUGCACAGGCACUGCGAGGGAUGCAUCGACCGCCACUGCCGUGUUCCAGCGGAGCCCAGCGUCUCCUGCCUGGUGAUAAGCUGUCACCUGCUCUGUGGCGCUACCUUCCACAUGUGCAAAGAGUCAGAGCAUACGCUCCUCUGCCCUCUGGAACAGGUUCCGUGCCUCAACUCUGAGUAUGGCUGCCCGCUCUCCAUGGCACGCCACAAACUGGCUAAGCACCUGCAGGUGUGCCCCGCCAGCGUGGUCUGCUGCUCCAUGGAAUGGAACCGCUGGCCAAACGUGGACUCGGAAACAGUCCUUCAUGAGAACAUCAUGAAAGAGAGCCCCAGCGAGGAGUGUUUGGAUACAGCCCUGGCCCUCCAAGAUCAGAAGGUUCUCUUCAGAUCCUUGAAAAUGGUAGAGCUUUUUCCAGAAACCAGAGACGCCACCGAGGAGGAGCCAGCCAUGAAUGGCGAUACCAGUUGGGAGGAGACUGCGGGCGCAGUCGGGGGCGUGGAUGCAGGGCUAGUACCAAACUCUUGUUUGCCGGCAACCAAUGGGCAAACGAUGGAGCUCAGUCAGGAGGAACGAGAUGCAUUGGCCAAAACCAAAGAAGGGAUGGACCUGGACAAGUUUGGCAAGUGGGAAAGUAUGUUCAGCAAGGAGCACGCAGCCUCUGUUUUAACAGGUUCCUCGGGGAAAAGUGAAGACAAGAAUGAGAAUGUGUCUGGGAAAGAGCAGCGCUCUGGUGAUGGUAGCACAGGGGAUGCAGAGUGUUCUACCGAAAGGAGAGGACCACAGGAAAGCCCGAAGCCCCAGGAACCUCCCACCACCAUUGAGAUGACAGGGCUUGCUCCCUGGCAAGAUGGCGUUCUGGAAAGACUAAAAACAGCAGUGGACGCCAAAGACUAUAACAUGUAUCUGGUGCACAAUGGACGGAUGCUCAUCCACUUCGGGCAGAUGCCUGCUUGUACGCCCAAGGAGAGAGACUUCGUUUACGGCAACCUCGAAGCUCAAGAAGUGAAGACGGUUUAUACCUUCAAAAUUCCCGUGAGCUACUGCGGGAAGCGAGCUCGCUUGGGAGAUGCCAUGUUGAGGUGCAGACCAAGUGAGCACAAGGCCGUGGAUACUUCCGACUUGGGCAUCUCUGUGGAGGACCUGCCCAAAUCCGAUCUCAUCAAGACCACCCUCCAGUGUGCUUUGGAAAGAGAACUCAAAGGCCACGUCAUCUCUGAGUCCAGGAGCAUCGAUGGACUCUUUAUGGAUCUCGCCACCCAAACAUACAACUUUGAGUCAGAACAGUUUUCCUCAGAGACAGUGUUGGCUGACCUCCUAGGCACUACCCAAUCCGGGGGCCUGCAUGUGGAGCUCCACAGUGAGUGUGUGACCAGAAGACACAACAAAAGCAGCUCAGCUUUUACUUUUACCUGCAACAAAUUCUUCCGGAGGGAUGAAUUUCCCCUGCACUUCAAGAAUGUCCACACCGACAUUCAGUCGUGUCUCAAUGGCUGGUUCCAGCAUCGAUGCCCCCUCGCCUACUUGGGAUGUACAUUUGUUCAAAACCACUUCCGCCCCCCUGGACAAAAAGCAAAAGUGAUCUAUAGUCAGGAGCUGAAGACCUUUGCCAUCAAGCCAGAGGUUGCUCCGGAACUGAGCGAGAAAUGGAAAAGCGACCAUCUCUCAGGCCGCGAUGGGAAAAGCCUGAAUUCUCUAACCAGCCUGCCCUUGGAGGUUUUGCAAUACAUUGCUGGGUUUCUGGACAGCAUCAGCCUGUCCCAGUUAUCCCAGGUAUCAGUACUGAUGAGGAACAUCUGUGCAACGUUGUUGCAAGAGAGAGGGAUGGUCCUCUUGCAAUGGAAGAAGAAGAGGUAUUCUCAUGGAGGCACCUCCUGGAAAGUCCACAAUCAGAUCUGGCAGUUCAGCAGCCUCUUCUCAAAAAUCAAGAGCUGGGAGUUUAAUGACGUCACCUCCAUGUCCGAACACCUGAAAACCUGUCCUUUCAAUGUCGUGGAGCAUAAGACUGACCCCAUUCGUCUGACCAGCAUGUGCCAGCCCCAAGAGCAGGCCAGGGAGAGCUUAGUGUCCACGUUUAGGGCCCGACCGCGGGGAAGGCACUCUUAAAGAUCUGCACACCGCUGCUCCUGGCUUCUCAGAAUUAUUCAAAGUAGGACAGUGUGGUUUGAAACCUGCACAUCUAGACCAUGUGUGGAGCCCUUCAGGCCUUAGCAAGUACACUAGGACACUAGUUUUUGAGCUAUGGCUCGUAUGAUAGUGCCACAUUUUUUGAGCCUUACCUUGUUUCUUUCCUCCCUUAAAAUAGAUAAGUCAGGGGAGAAAAUUAAUAGUUUAAGCCCAUUUGAUGAAUGAACCCAAGUUCUUAGUUGACUGGAGAACAAGGACAUUGUAAGGAGCAUAGACUACUACUUCUACAUUGAGCAGAAAUGUAGCAGAAUUUACAAGCCCCUUUCCAGUUCUCGGGAAGGUGACACAGGGACCGGGUCUGAGGUGCAGUGACCUCCCAGGGUAUUCAGGUGGAGGGAAUUCAACUGGAAGAUUCUGAAGCUCGGUUGGUCUUGACAAUUCAGGGCUUUUUAGUCACCCUACUGCAUCAAAGCCCAGAUGGUUUUAAGGCAACCCAAGAGAACGGGCCACACUGUGUAAGCACAGCAGUUUCAAGGAUACCACAAGCCAAAGCAAAACAGUCUGCUGUAUAUAGUCUUGGCAACACCAAGAAAAAACUCUUUAAAAUGAAGGAAAGGCCAAAGUUCUCUGGAAGCAAAGUGGCUCCUGGUUGAGAGCCACUGUCCUAAAGGAUGCUACAUCAGCAGUGGGGAGUUAGAAUGCGCUCACUUUUACUGUGACAAAUCUGACCUUACUUGGCCUGUAUAAUUCAACACAACUCUUGCUUGUUUUACUAAAUACGUGUUAAACAUGUAGUGUUGCUAAAUUGAGAACCAGGUAGAGCAGAUCUACCCGAUAUGGCAUUUUGUCCUUGGGCCACAAAGUCAUAUAUCUUCCCUGCCCUCUUUAAGGAAACCUGAAACCAGGAAAGUCAUUUAGCUUAGGUUAAGUUCCUCUUCCCUUAAUUGGUGCCAUUUUCCAGCAACUCUAGAAGUUCUCAAGCUAAUGAAAAACGAGGAAAAGGGGAGGAAAGCGUCACAGGGAACCAGCCAUCCAAGAAUCCAAAUGAUGGAGUCUUGCCAACCUGUGAGCUCGUUGUCUGGGCAUCUGUCUCUCUGACCCUGGUUCAGAGCUGGUGCAGACGAAGAGGGUGGUGCAGAUGAAGAAGGUGGUGCAGACGAAGCUGGUGCCUCUGCAAAGGCAGCAGAGCAAGUCCAUUCUGAAAGCAUGCUCACUCUCCGCUGUAUUCCUCACAUGCUAUUGUUAACACGAUGCUGUUCUUUAUGCCUGAUCUUUACAGUUUGGUUUGGAUUUCA